AUGCCUGACCACAGGAAUGUACUCAUCAGCGGCGCGGCCCGCGGCAUCGGCCGCGCUAUGGCCCGUCACUUCCUCGAACACGGCGACAAAGUCUACCUCCUCGACGUCGACGAAGACGAGCUCAAGUACACCGCAACCGUGCACCUGAAAGACCACUUCGACCGCGUCGCCUGGGCGCUCUGCGACCUCCGCGACGUCGAAGCCAUCCGGUCGACCGUCAAGAAAGCCGCCGAGUUCUUCGACAACCGCAUCGAUGUCCUCGUCAACAACGGCGGCAUCGCGACGCCGCAAUGGAAGGAUGGUGCCACCAUGGAAGACCCUGAGAUUAUCACACAGUGGCAGGCCUUCGUCGAGACGAACCUCACGGCGCCCUUUGCCAUGUCGCAGGCCUGCAUCCCGUACAUGAAGACGCAGGAUCCCUCCAACGUCCAGGGUCCCGGCCCGUGCAUUAUCCACAUCGGUUCCUUCCGCGCACACCAGAGUGAUCCGAAUCAGGAGGGAUAUGCGUCGACAAAGAGUGGGCUGCUAGGACUCAUGCAUAGCAUGGCUAUCAGCUGCGAGCAGUGGGGAAUCAGGGUGAACCUGGUGGCGCCGGGCAGGAUCAAGGUUGCACACGAGUCUAAAGAGGGCGAUAAGCAGGGGAUGAACUUUGAGGACCAGAUUACGGAUAAGGAUAAAGAGCAGCAUCCGUCGAAUAGGGCUGGCCGGCCGCAGGACAUCGUUGAUGCUGUCGAGUAUCUCAUUGGCGCUGGGUUCGUAACCGGACAGGAAAUCACAGUCGAUGGAGGUGCGCUGAAGAAGAAGAACAAGUGA